GAGAACUUGGAGGCCAUGUCUGCAGAACACUUAUCAUCCACAAGACAGGAGGGAUGCCUUGGCUCAAGACCUAACUUUAGGUCCAAGCAGAGGAAGAUAUUAAACUUGCUCUUGGAGAGAGAUAAUUCCUUUACCAUCUGUACAGAUCUCCCUAGAACUCCAUUGAACAAACUCUUUAGUGAUUCUGCAAACCUAAGCACUUUGUCUGGAAGCACCCCAAAACGUUGCCUUGAUCUUUCCAGUCAUAGCAGUGGGGAGAUAUCUGCUACUCAGCUCACCACUUCUGCAGGCCUUGAUGAAACUGGUCACUGUGACUCGUUUGGACCUCAGGAAUGGGAUGUAAGGAUCUCAGCUGGGAUCAGUCAUCACCAGCAUGUUAUAAAAUGCAAUCCAGCACAGCUGCUCUGUAGCACCCCGAAUGUGGUGGACCACAGACACAGGAAGAAAGAGAUAAUAUGUAACUCAUCCUCAAAUAAAGAAAAUGACAGUGGAAACUUGGAAAGUAAAAUGAAAUAUCUGGGCAGUCCCAUUACAGUUCCAGAAUUGGCUAAAAAUCCAGAAUUAGAAGACCGGGCAGAACAGAUAUCAGAUGAAUUGCUGGAAUUUUCCUUAGAAGAUCAAGAAGAGACCAAGGUAAGUAGAAGCUAUCUGUAUCGCUCCCCUUCAUUGCCAGAGGACUUAAACAGUCCAAGACUGGAGCAGGUGGUAAAAUUCAAGGACAACCCAAUACCAGAUAAAUUAAAAGAGAAAUACUGUUCUAGCCACAAAAAACUCAGGAAGGGUUCAGCUCUAAAGAAGACAGUCUCUCUCUGUGACGUUAAUGUUAUUCAGAUGCUGGAGGACGAUUCUAACCAGGGACAUCUGAUAGGUGAUUUCUCCAAGGUAUGUGUGCUGCCAACCGUGUCAGGAAGGCACCAAGAUCUGAAGUAUGUCAACCCAGAAACGGUGGCUGCUUUACUGUUGGGGAAGUUUCAGAGUCUGAUUGAGAAGUUUUAUAUCAUUGAUUGCCGCUAUCCAUAUGAGUACCUUGGAGGACAUAUCCAGGGAGCCUUAAACAUGUACAGUCAGGAAGAACUCUAUAACUUCUUCUUGAAGAAGCCCAUUGUCCCUUUGGACAUCCAGAAAAGAAUAAUCAUCGUGUUUCACUGUGAAUUCUCCUCAGAGAGGGGUCCUCGAAUGUGCCGCUCUCUGAGAGAAGAGGACAGGGCUCUGAACCAGUAUCCUGCUUUGUAUUACCCAGAGAUGUAUAUCCUCAAAGGAGGCUACAGAGAUUUCUUUCAAGAAUAUGUGGACCUGUGUGAACCACAGAACUACUGCCCUAUGCAUCACCAGGACCAUAAGGCUGAACUGCUGAAAUGUCGAAGCCAGAGCAAAGCCUGGAAAGGGGAGCGGCAACUGCAGGAGCAGAUUGCCUUACUGGUGAAGGAUGUGAGCCCAUGAUCAUGGAUCAGCCACUGGCUGCCUACUAAACACCAAAGACACUGUAGAAACCCUGAGCGGAGAGAGGCCAUCUUCUGGGUUGCUAAACCUAGGAUUGUUCAAAGAUAUCUGCACACUAGCAAACCAAACCGGUGAAAUCCUCGGCCUGGGGUUGGUUGGUUAGGUUUCACUAGAGCUGCUACCUGAUAGUAAUGUCCUGAAACUGGCUUGAUAAGGCUAUAUGUAUUCUUGGGUUACAGAGAUCUGUGUUAUGUAUCUCUUCCCAACUUUUUGCAUCUUCUCAUUAGGCAGCCAGACCUUUCUCUCUGGGCUUCCG